GAGUGUCUCGAGCAACAUCCCGAGCACGUCCGCACGCGGACAUCCACCGCCAGCGUUCCCAAACAUGGCUCGCUCCUUUUGAAUUCGGCGACUUUCAACGAAACCGGCGGAACCCGAAACCAAUGGCACGAAUCCAGUAAGAACCAUGGCCACGCCGCCGCCGCCGCCAGUGCCGUCAAGACCUUGUGUCACCGACCAAGAACGUUUGGUUUCCAGGACGUCAUCUGCCACUAAGGACACAGUCUACGGGGAACCAUAUGCAGCACACGAGGAGAUCCAAGCACAGAAGUCCACUGAGACGACUCCGUUCUACGACCUAGAGGGAUUUAUCGUGACUCCGGAACGACACUGUGCUCCACAGUACCCAAUAGCAAGUAUAAUAGACGCUGAAAGUGGUGAACCAAUCGCACAGCAACUUUCCUCGACAGCUCCUGUGUCCGCUUAUAUGUCUCCCCGAAAACCUGAUAGUGUGAACAGACAUCAUGUCUACCCAGGCUACGUUGCUCGAAGACACACAGUAAGUCCUAGCGCAGCGCUGCUGUCUGAGAGAAUUACUGCUUCAACGGCUACAGGACACCUCGGUAGGUCAGUUGGCCCCGACAUGACCAUCAGUCGGAUUCCCCGAUCUGAAACAUCUGAAAUGUUCGAUCGGGAGAUGCGUCAGAAAUUUCACUGGGUCCCCGAGGCCAGCGGCCGCGCAGCACGAAGGGCAGAUGAUCGCCGCCGUCAGCAGCAUAGUUACGAGCAGCAGUUUGAGCGACAAUGCCGGCAGUACAAACCUCGACACCAGUGGCUGCAACCGCAACACAGUAGAUGCCGCUCGAACGGCGAAGAAUUUCGCAAGCAUGCCAUUCCUCCAGGUGAACCAGCCGGAAGGGUUGAGGCAGUUGCAUCCGAUCGCGUCAGGGGGAUGGACGAUGUAAAGCGCGAUAAUGUGCUACCGGAUUUGUCACGUGAUCGAGGUGGUGUACCUGCUGAAGUCACCGAGCGCCCAGCGUCCUUUUCUGGUUUAGGUGCCCGAAUGGGAGUAGCUCUCCAGCGUCACGAUAGGUUAACGUCAACUCGAGCUGCUCUGCAAUCUAUCGCCGGGAUGUUGCAAGGCUCGAUUUCGAAGCCCCGUCAGUGGUCAGUUGGAGACACGUUACGUCUGGUGCCUGCUGGAAAUGGGGACGCUGUUAUCGCUUACGUCCUUGACGUCAUCGCCGAUGAAGUGGUGUUGGAGGACGAUCGGAAAAAGAGAAGGAAGAAACGAAAGAAAAAGAAGAAGAAAAGGAAGAAGAAGAAAAAGAAGAAGAAAAGGAGGAAGAAGAAGAAAAAGAAGAAGAAAAAGCGGAAGAAGGGGAAGAAAAGGAGGAAGAAGAAGAGGAAGAAGAAGAAAAGGAAGUCAAAGAAGAAGAAAAAGAAGUCAAAGAGGAAGAAAAAGAAGUCGAAGAAGAAGUCGAAAGAAGGUGAGGGAGAGAGCGCUCCCACAACGACCGCACUAUCCUCAACAAGUACGCCGAGUACUACAACUACUACUACCAGUACAAAAAAGCCAACAGAAAAAGUUCGAGACACAAAGACUGCUCCGCCGAAACCAGACUUGAAGUCGCUGACAUCACAGCCGUCAUUGUCCAUGAUUUCUCCUACUUCGAUGCAGCCUACAGUUUGGGCUCGGACGUCCGUCAGGACCUUGACGUCCACAGGCUCCCAGUGUACCAAGUGCGGCGCCAUGAUGUCGCCGUCAGAUGUUGACCCGUUCCCUGCCAGGGGGUUUCCCCCGCAACGCAGGCCGCAGCCAUCACGGUCUGCCGGGUGGGGAAGUCGUGGACGCUCCCCUUCGCCGCGAUCUCCUCAACCACCGGUCGAGGACGACUGGCCAUCAGCAGAGGAGUCACCCGAGCCAAGGCGACCACGGUCUCGUUCCUCUUCCCGUAGGCACCGGCGGUCUCGGUCAUCAAGGCGGCAUUCGAGAUCACAUUCAUCGAGGCGAUGUCACAAGAGGUGUUAUUGUUCUUCUACCUCUGAAUCAUCAUCUUCGGAUGACUGUUUCCGUCGACGUAGAUCCAGAAGCAGACGUCCUGCUAUGCUGUAUGGUAUUGAUCUACCUCUACGGCCUCCGAUCGACCCUUUAGAGAGGUACUACACGGAACCUGAUAUUCUCGGAAGAGUGGCCAGUCCUAUGUAUGCCGGUCCACUCUCAGGACCUUGGGGAAGGCCAGGAUCUUACCCAUUUCGGAAAGGACGUUCCUAUGAGGUAGGCCCUCCGAGGCUCCCGCGAUUCAUAGAUGGCUAUGAUGAUCGUACUGUGUCUAAUGUCCAAGGUCCCAUGGUCAUCGAAUCUGAAGUUGCAGUUGUACCCCGGAGGCCGCUUCAUGACGCAGGUGCACAAACAGUGCCAGAACCCACUUCUGCCGCGGUACAAUGCAGUUUUUUCCCUCAAGUAACGCAGCCACCAUUUAUGCCGCCUCAACCGCCCCAAAUGCCGAUGGCGACUAUGGCCACUACAGCUCUCCCUGUGGUUCAGCCAUCUCCGAUGUCGCUUGGACAACUGCCAAUUCCAACGACUCCCAUGUAUUCGCAGUCACCGCCCAUUACACCGUACGCCUCUUCAGCGCCCCUGCUCGGUAAUCCUGCAUGGAAUCCAUUCCUGUAUCCGAAUGCGACGUCAAGUGGUACGUUUUCCACGGAUGACACUUGGGUGAAGACGACCGUAGAAACUCAACCGUCAUCUUCAAGUAGUAUCUUUGCUGGUGCAUCUCCCAUGGGCAUGUAUGCUAAGCAGCCAAAUGACCCUUGGUGGUCACCGUACGGGUACAUGAAGAGGAUGGACCAACAACAAGGAAACGUUAUAAUAACCUUUAUCUUUCUUCUUGGCGUUGUUGCGUGCGUUGUAGCCAUCCUGAGCCGCUUCGGAGCUGGGCGGGCGCCUAUAGUACAUGAGUCGAUGGGCUAUGAUGACGACGAGUCACGUGUCAUGCACGGCCCAUGGAUCAACAAAACGGGGGGAGGCACACGCAUGGAACCUUAUGGACUCUGUCGGACGUUGGAAUGCCGAAGAGAAGGUUUGUACCUCAGUCGUCUUGUGGACAGCGCAGGGGCUUGCCGGAACUUCUACGACUAUGUGUGUGCGCGCACCUGGGGGAAGCCUGACAAUGGAGAGCUAUCGUCUGCUGACCUUAUGGUAAACGGCGUGGAGUCUUCAAUUAUUAGCUACAUCAAGGCCGGGCACGUUAAAGACAGCAUAUUACGAGAAGCGAGAAACCUGUGGAAAGAGUGCAUGGAUGUUGACACAAUCAGGAAGCUCGGCAAGAAGCCCUUUACUGAAGUUCUCAACAAAGUAGGGUUGAACGGAUGGCCAUAUGGGUCUGCUGCCAAUGUCACAGGAAAGAGCGUCUGGAAUGUGUCUGGGACGUUGAUGCGUCUGCUAAGUCUUGGCACUUUCUUAACUCUCGUCGUCGAACCCACCGCCACCAACAGUACAGCUCUAGUAAUUAUUAGGAAAGGCCCAGUGCAAACGUCUGCCUACUUACACGACAAUGACACCAUCAAUGAGUUAUUUCGAAAAAUCAAAGAAAGAGUAAGCCUUCUUGAUGCAGAGAACGAAAUUGAUGAAAUCGUCAAUGACAUCGUGACAUUUUCAAGAACUAUUUCUAACCUGAGUGACUCUGAAAGUGAAAAAGUGACUUCCGACAAUCACACAGAAUUUCAGAGUUUCAUAUCAUCCGCUUUAUCUGGCAUUUUAGAUCUCAGCGACGGCUCGGUAAUCCACAUCCACGAUGCAGGCAACGUGCAGGAGUUAUACCAGACGAUACAGUCAGCGCCAGUUAGAACAGUUCUGAAUUACCUGGGCUACGCUGUUGUGGACAAUCUCUGGCUCUUCUCGCCGCAAGAAAAUUUAUCAUCGGAACAGACUAGAGCCAGAGAGCACGAGUGCAUCCGUGUGGUGGAGCGGGCAUUGCCGAAACAAGUUCACUACCUGGCCUACCUGGCCACGAAGCAUCACCUGGACGUCGCCUUUUUCAGUGGCUUAGCCCACGACAUAAAACACCAGGUCAUCCGCUCCAUAAGAGUUCUCUCCUGGAUGGAUGCCAGCACAAAAGCUCACGUCCUCAAAUACUUGUCAAGCAUGCGGAUCAGAACUUUCUUUCCACAGUGGAUGAUCAACAACCACACCCGUCCAGAAGUGUCUCACCCGAGCUUACCUCCAUUGCAAGUUCUUGUCUCCUAUCAGCAAAUAAUGCAAAACACCUUCGAAGAAUCCAUCAUGGGUAGAGUCAACAACGAGGAAGACUUUUGGAUGGGAUCGGUGUUUGACCAGGGCUGCAGACAUGACGAAAAACGCAAUCUGCUUUUCCUCCCACUGUCUAUGGCUAACACCACAAAAGGAGCGACGCAACUCUUCCUCUAUUUCCACAUUCCGCAUGUGGGAGUACAACUUGCGAAAUGCCUUCUUGAGACGAUAGUCUCUUCAAAGCACGCCGACGUUCGGAAACUCGCGAACAUCCACAAUUGCUUCGAGGAUCCGCACUUUUCUGGCACCGUUCCAGUUCAGCACCCCAGUAAAAGGACAUCCGUUACGGCGAGUGACAUCUUCGAACACGCUGCCAUUGCCCAAGCCCACGGCAUUUUUACAAAUGGGAUUCGUACACUGAACAAGAACUUCCAAGACUAUCGAUUCGAGAACGCCAGAAACUUGUCCGCUGAACAGCUGUUCUACAUCUAUUAUGCCAGUGGAAAGUGUCGUACGUAUGAUGCGAACUACCAAACGUCCGCAACGUUGCAGCAUAGAAGUGCGCAGUUGGUGAACCUAGUUGUGUCCCAUGAUGGCUUGUUCCACAAGGCGUUCAACUGCCGUGAGAAUACGAGCAUGAAUCCGAUUAGAAAAUGCCAGUUCUGGACACGAUAACACUGGUCCUGGUGGGAAAGUACGAACAGUUUCGUACGUGAGGCGUCACGACGCACAAGUGCAUUAAGUGUGAGUUAUCUGUCAGCGCUCUUGAGAAAAACGUUCACACAUUGCACAAGUUUUAACGUAAUUGUGCAGUCGAAUGAGAAUAAACCUUCACGGGCUGUUAA